AUGAGAAAAUUUACACUUUGCAAGAGAAUUUUUUAAUUUUAAAGAAUUUCUUAUUUGAAGUUUUCUCAAAAAAAUUUUUUUUCAACAAAAAGCGAUAAAGAAUUUGAGGGAAUAAAUAUUAUAGACUUAUAGAAAUAAGGUCAAUAAAUAUCUUAGAUUUUUUAGCUAGAAUAAAAUUAAUUGCUAAAAGAAAAAGGAAAUGAUUAUGAAAAGCAAGGAUUCGAUUAUUUGGGAAAAGGAUUUAAUUAAGAAGCUAUUCUUUGUUUCUAGAAAGCUAUAGAAUUAAAUCCUCAGCUUAAUCAUCUUAAAUAAUAAUUAGGAUAUUUAUGUUUGGAAGUCGAUAGACUAGAUGAAGCUAUCAAAUACUUUGAGUAAUCAUUAGGCUUUUCUUCUGAUCCUUAUGAAAUUUAUAAUCUCCUAGGAAUUAUUUAUGAAAGAAAUAAUAUGGAUGAAAAAGCUGAAGAAUACUACAAAAAGUGCUUACAAACAAACGAAAAUUAUUUAGGGGCAUAUUUUAACUUAGCUUAAGUUUACUACAAAUUAAAUAAAAUGCAAAACGCUAAACUAUGCUUAGAGAAAGCUUCAAUCAUUUUCCCAUCUGAGCCAGAAGUAUUUAAUAAAUUGGGAUAAUUAUGCUAAGAGAUGGAAGAUUGGUAACAGGCAAUAGGAUACUUUGAAAAAACAAUAGAAAUUGAUCCUGAGAAUAUUAAUGCACUUUUUGAGUUGGGAGUUACAUAAUUUUAAAUAGAAGAAUUAGACGAAGCAAUUCAUAAUUUUAAGAAAACUUUAAUGAUACAGCCUGACCACUUUAAUGCUCUGUUUAAAUUAGUAGAAAUUUAUCAUAGUGCUGAUUUGAUAGAAUAUGCAUAGGAAUAUCUUGAAUAAGCUAUUAAAAUUCAACCACAUAAUGUAAAAGCUAAUCUGAUAUUAGCAGGCAUUUACUUGGCUCAGAAAAUGAUAUUAGAAGCAAAACAACUUUGUGAAUAAGUAAUCAAAGUAGAUUCAAGGAAUGCUGAUGCACUCUACUAUUUAGGAAUUAUUUACUAGAAAGAAAAUAAUAUAUAAAAAGCUAUUAGCAUCUUUAAAGAGGUUACAUAAAUUAAUCCCACAAAAUAUAUUGCUUAAAUAUAAUUAGGAUAACUUUAUCAUCAAUAAGGAAAGGUAGAAGAUGCAAUUAUAAGUUACAAAAGAAUUUUGCAAGUGCAGCCUAAUAAUUAUUUUGCUCUUAAUUAUUUAAGUUUUCUUCUCUAUGAAUUAGGCGAUUUUAAUCAAGCAGAGUUGCUAUGUAAAAAAGCUUUAGCAGUAGAUCCUAAUGCUUAUGAGCCAUAUCAUAAUUUAGGUUUGAUUUAUUAAGACAAAUUAUUGUAUGAAUAAGCUAUCAAAUUUUAUUAGUCUGCAUUAAAAUCCAACCCUGAUUGCGCUGAAGCCUAUAAUAAUCUAGGAUGUAUCUAUUAUGAAAAAGGAAACUUAAAAGAAGCAAUAAAUUAGUUUGAAGAGGCAAUAAAAGCAAAUCCUAAAUUCGCAGAAGCACACAAAAACCUAUCAAUCAUUUAUGAAAAUAUGGGAUUAAUAGAAAAAUCUUAAUAACUCAAUGAUUUUUAAUUUUAAAUUUUAUAAAAUUAAAGUAAAGAUUUUCAUGUCAAAAAUUUUAAAUCCUUAAAAUUGAAAAAUUAAAAAUGA